UGUUCGCAUUUCCACCACCCACUCCGCGCCCGUCGAACGCACGGCAGUAAACAUUAUUCGUUGUCAACAUAGCCCGAUCGAAACAACAUACCUACGUGGAUCUUUUAGCCAACAUUUGGAGACAAGAAGCACACGUUCCAGUUUUAUUUGGAACGCAACGGACGACAAUAAACCUCGGGAAUCUACACCGCCUUGGUUUCCGUGAAAAGUGAAAGCGAUUCGGUUGAAUUGCCUGUAAGCAGAAUUAUGAAACAGCUUGCGCUAACCUUGACGCUGUUGCUUGGCGCAACAAUGGUAUCCGGUCAGCGCGUAGCGCCCGGUGUGAAUCCUGGCCACUACCAGCAACAACCCCCGCAACAGCAAUAUCAACCACCCCCACCGCAGUACAAUCAGCAACAUCCACCUCAACAGCCGCCGCAGCAUUAUCAGCAACAACAACAACCUCAGUAUCAGCAGCAACAGGUUCCCGUGCAGCCGCAAUAUCAGCAGGCACAGCAGGUACCGCAGCACCAGCAGCAACGCCCGCAAGUUCCGCAUGGUGCUGGACAAGCGGCCCAACAUGGACAGCCCCAGCAGGUUCUGAACGCCCAAAACCUUCAACAGGAAAAAGCCCACAUUGCCGAACAUAUGGACGUGCCGAUCGACACAAGUAAAAUGAGCGAACAGGAACUACAGUUUCAUUACUUCAAGAUGCACGAUUCGGACAACAACAACAAGCUGGACGGGUGCGAGCUUAUCAAAUCGUUGAUUCACUGGCACGAGGAAAGCAAAAACCAGGAACAAACGGGUCAGCCCGGCCACCAGGACAAAAUCUUCUCCAACGAUGAGCUAUCGGCACUGAUCGAUCCCAUUCUCAGCUCGGACGAUCACAACCAGGACGGGUUCAUCGACUAUCCGGAGUUUGUGAGGGCGCAGCACAAAGCGGCCACACAGGGGGCGCAGGGUGCUCCCCAACAGUAAACUACUGUCGGUUCUUCUCUCGGUGAUAGGAGAAAUCGUUUCUACGUCUGUAUCUGAAUCUCUGAAACUCAUCCAUCUUUAUACAAACGACUGUUGGUCGAUGAUCUAAACUAUCGAAACCGAGCCAUGUCACGCUGAUCGGUAUUUACUUUCCGGCACUAUUAUGCUCACUUUUGUUAGGGCUCUUAAUUUAGGAUAUGUUGAACAUUCCUGUUUUUUUUGGCAAUCGCACAAAAGCAUUUCCAUUUCGGCGAAAUCUGACGCAGAUUAUUUGUUAUAUGUAAUGGGACAUGGCGGUUAGGACAGGUUGUUUUAUUAUUCACAAUGUUGCUCGAGACCUAUUGUACUUUAACACUCUUUGAAUACCAAAGAAUCUUGUCGAAGUUUCAGUGUGUUCUUUCCACAAAAGCAUUGUCAAUGAUAAAACAACCUUUUAAAGACCUCUGUUAUCCUAGUUGUAGAUAUCUUCAUGUUUCCUACAAGUUCAUUUACAAAACUAUAAUUACGAUGAACAUAUACGCUAAGAUUUUAGUAGGAUUCAAAUUAUGCGUAAUACAUAGUACUACCAGACAAAUGUGGUAGACGAAACCAUUAAACAAAUCAAUCGUACGAGAGUAUUUGACUUUAUUGAGGACUGUAUUUUUGUAAUAAAAUAAUACUAAAUAGUGAGAAUACAUGCAAUUAUAUGAGAAAAGUUUUUGUCGCGAAUAUGGAAAAAUACAAAAUACAAAUUGAGUGAUGCUGAUUGUGAAGUCGAA